UUUGUGGUGGAAAUUCCAUUUAUUCUCUUCUCAUUUUCUCUUUCGAGCUAAAUUCUAUUGUAGAGUCUUCCCUUCCAAUCUUUAAAAAGCGACCCUGUACCUUUAAUAGCGGAGACCUGGUGAGAGGUUCUUUUCCAAACUUGUUCCCUGGCUUCCAAGUGACGAAACCAGCUGUAAUUUGAGAGCAGACAGAUCCUCAGGAUAUCUUUAGCCAAAGGAAAAGCUCUGCAUUCCCACCCAGUCCAGAAAUUGAAAUACUAUCAGGGGGCAAGAGCCUUUCUCUCCAGCUACACACUCCAUCUCCCGGGAGCAACGGGAAACUCCGAGAGGAGGGCAACAGAGCCAGCAUCUCGCCAGCGCCCCGGAGGAGGGGUUCCCCGCUACGCCUGUGCCCGAGGAGUUCCAGCCACCGAGCGAGGGGCGCAAGGGUGGGUGCAUCCUGCGCUGCGGCGGCCGCGCUACCCAGACGCUGGUGUGCAGAGCCACAUGAAGCCUGUUGGGGACUGGGGGCCAGGGAGCAGCAAGCCGGCUGGGACUGAGGCGGACGCUGUCUCAGGGAGACGCUGACUCGCAAAGACACUCCCUUCCUUGUGCCUGGGUGAAAAGUCUCCUCCUGGGGUCCCUGGCCAUCCUGAAUAUCCAGAAUGGUGUUUCUGAAGUUCCUCUGCAUGAGUUUCUUCUGCCACCUGUGUCAAGGCUACUUCGAUGGCCCCCUCUACCCAGAGAUGUCCAAUGGGACUCUGCACCACUACUUCGUGCCCGAUGGGGACUAUGAGGAGAACGAUGACCCCGAGAAGUGCCAGCUGCUCUUCAGGGUGAGUGACCACAGGCGCUGCUCCCAGGGGGAGGGGAGCCAGGCCGGCAGCCUGCUGAGCCUCACCCUGCGGGAGGAGUUCACCGUGCUGGGCCGCCAGGUGGAGGAUGCUGGGCGCGUGCUGGAGGGCAUCAGCAAAAGCAUCUCCUACGACCUAGACGGGGAAGAGAGCUAUGGCAAGUACCUGCGGCGGGAGUCCCACCAGAUCGGGGAUGCCUACUCCAACUCGGACAAAUCCCUCACUGAGCUGGAGAGCAAGUUCAAGCAGGGCCAGGAACAGGACAGCCGGCAGGAGAGCAGGCUCAACGAGGACUUUCUGGGAAUGCUGGUCCACACCAGGUCCCUGCUGAAGGAGACACUGGACAUCUCUGUGGGGCUCAGGGACAAAUACGAGCUGCUGGCCCUCACCAUUAGGAGCCAUGGGACCCGACUAGGUCGGCUGAAAAACGAUUAUCUGAAAGUAUAGGUGGAUGGGUACAAACGCUAGAGAGAGGGAAUCAAAUCAGCCCCGUUUCGGAGGGUGGGGGACAGAAGAUGGGGCUAUGUUUCCCCCAUACCUACUAUUUUUUUAUAUCCCGAUUUGCACUUUGAGAAUAAAUCUGAGGUCAUCUUUAAAAAGAGAAAAAUUGGACACUUGAGUGAUUUCGUUUUUAGUUUUGUUUUUGUACAUUAUUUAUGUGAUGGUUAUGGAAUUGUCACCUGGAAAGAACAAUUUUAAGCAAUGCCAUUUCUAGAUGGGUUUCUAAUUCUGCAGAGAUACCUGUUUCAGCCACAUCUAAAAGAGCACAGUUUAUGUGGUGCAGAAUUAAACUUCCCCAUCCUGCAGAUUAUGUGGAAAUACCCAAAGAUAAUAGUGCAUAGCUCCUUUCAGCCUCUAGCCUUCACUCCUGGGCUCCAAAAGCUAUCUGAGUUGCCUGUUUUUCAAAUGAGGUUCAAGGUGCUGCUUUGCAUGCCUGCGAACCCAUGGAAGUUGUUUGUUACUUCUUCUUUUCUCUCUUAUUUAUUAACCACGGUCUGAGAGUUGUUUUUGUUUUAUGUAACAGUAUUGCCACAAAACUAUAGGCAAAUCGCGUUUGCAGGGAGAUUUCUGGUGCCUCUGUGAGUGUGUGUAAGUUAAAGUGGCCACAUUUAAGAAGGCCAAGCUUUGUAGUGGUUGCACAGUCACACUGAUACGCUGAUUUGCUCUUUCUCAUCGUAUGUCUGUGCUUUGUCAUCAGUGCUAUAGUAAAUUACAAAGAAGUAGAUAGAUUGUAUGAACAUACCCCCAAAUGCCUAUGAUUUAGGUUACCAAUGUAUUCUUUCUCAUUUGGGGUUUUGCUUCUGUUUGUUUAUUGGAAACUUGUACUUCAAGUAGGGGGAAUUCUAAUUCUAAUAACUCCUUAGCUAAGUUUUGUUAUUCAGGCAAUAAACAUGUUUUCAUAUAA